AUGGCUCCUUUCAUCUUCGAAGCCCCCAGUGACGAAGAACCGGAACUUUCAGAAUCCAACGAGGAAGAAAAUGAAGAAGCAGAAGAAGGAGAUGAAGCAGGAGACAAAUCUUCUAAACCGAAACGCAAAUCUCAGUCUGCUUGGGACUUUGCUUCUUACUCUGAAUCCGUGGCAGAGGAACACGCUCGCCGUGGCACCACCUCCGUUGAUUUCAAAAUCACUAAAAUCCUCCAACAAAGCUCUGCUACAGCUCAGCAAGACGAGACCUCCGAUUCCGAAUCCGAUAAACAAGUUGAUUAUAGAUCAGAAGAUGAAGAUGAGGAAACAAAUAAUGCAGCAGACAGUAAAUCGUUCUUUGCGCCAUCUGAAGGAACUUCAUUUCAUGCGAACUCUUUCAUGGAGCUCAAUCUCUCGCGUCCUUUGCUUCGAGCUUGUGAAACACUGGGUUACAACAAGCCUACUCCUAUUCAGGCUGCAUGUAUACCCUUAGCCUUGACUGGACGCGAUAUAUGUGGGAGUGCAGUUACUGGUUCUGGGAAGACUGCUGCGUAUGCCUUACCUACACUGGAAAGGCUGUUAUACCGUCCCAAAAGGGUUUCAGCUAUACGAGUGCUAAUCCUUACACCUGCUAGAGAGUUGGCCGUUCAGGUUCACAGUAUGAUUGAGAAACUUGCUCAGUAUACUGAUAUUCGAUGUUGUCUGAUUGUUGGCGGGCUUUCAAUAAAGGCACAAGAGACAGCUUUGAGAUUAAUGCCUGACAUUGUUGUGGCUACUCCUGGACGCAUGAUAGAUCAUUUACGGAAUACAAUGUCUGUGGAUUUGGAUGAUCUUGCAGUUUUGAUCCUUGAUGAGGCAGAUCGUCUUCUGGAGCUCGGAUUCAGCGCUGAAAUUCAUGAGUUGGUUCGUCUUUGUCCUAAAAGGAGACAGACUAUGCUGUUUUCAGCUACAAUGACUGAAGAAGUUGAUGAGCUUGUCAAGCUUUCUUUGACCAGACCCUUACGUCUUUCAGCUGACCCUUCAGCUAAACGGCCAUCAACAUUGACUGAGGAGGUUGUAAGAAUACGCCGAAUGCGUGAAGUAAAUCAAGAAGCAGUCCUUCUGUCUUUGUGUUCAAGGACUUUCACGUCCAAAGUGAUUAUCUUCAGUGGAACCAAGCAAGCUGCGCAUAGAUUGAAGAUUUUAUUUCAGUUGGCUGCUCUUCAAGCAGCUGAGCUUCAUGGAGAUCUUACUCAAGUUCAGCGCCUGGAUGCUUUGGAACGUUUUAGGAAGCAGGAAGUUGAUUUUUUAAUUGCCACUGAUGUGGCAGCUCGUGGACUUGAUAUAAUUGGUGUUGAGACCGUCAUUAAUUAUGCUUGUCCUCGAGAUAUUACAAGUUAUGUUCACCUGGGUCGUACUGCUAGAGCUGGUAGAGAAGGAUAUGCUGUUACAUUUCUUACUGACAAUGACCGAUCUCUAUUAAAAGCUAUUGCAAAGAGGGUAGGUUCUAAGUUGAAGAGCCGGAUUGUUGCGGAGCAGUCUAUCGCUAAGUGGUCUCAGAAACUAGAGGUGAUGGAAGAGAAAGUCACUGAAGUUAUUGAAGAGGAGAGGGCUGAGCGAGCGAUAAGAAAGGCGGAAAUGGAAGCUACAAAGGCUGAAAAUAUGAUUGCACAUAAGGAUGAAAUUUAUGCACGGCCUAAAAGAACCUGGUUUAUGACUGAAAAGGAGAAAAAGCUUGUAGCAAAGGAAGCAAAGGCAUCUGUGGAGAAGGAAAAAGAUUACGCCAAUGCAAUCAUCAGUGCACAACAAGCUGAGGACCUUAAGAUGAAGGAAAGGAGGAAACGGGAGCGUGAGAAAAAUUUACCUCGAAAGAAACGUCGAAAACUGGAAGCUGCCAGAGAAAUGUUGGAGGAUCAAAGUGAAAUUAAUGAAUCACAUGGUAGUGGGAAAAAUAAGAAAGAGAAGGAAGGUAUAUCUUUGGUUGACUUGGCUUACCGGCGAGCAAAAGCAGCAAAAGCAGUGAAGAAGGCAGUAGAUUCUGGCAAAAUUGUUAAGAAAUCCGACAAAAUGUCAAAGCAACCUAAACAAAGAACUCAAUCGAGGACAGAAGAGAUGCGGGAAUUAUUUCAAAAUGACAUGAGUGAGAGGAGGCAGAAAAACUCAAGUAAUGCUGGAAGGAAAAAGUCCAAGAGUUCAUUCAAGAGCAAAUCACGUUACAAGCGUAGGUAGCCGGUAGCGUUAGUAUGCUCCAUUUGCUCUUGGGUGAUAUUGAUGGGGGAGUAAGCCCCGUGGGUCAACAUAAUACUUUUUAUUAGACACUUUUUCAUUGAGAGGGAGAGCUAGCUGUAACAAGAUGGGAUUACGUACAACAAUGGUCAGGAUCUGCCAGUCGGAAGGGACAAUACAUGCCUGUAGUUUCUACAGCAACUGUAACUUUAGUAUUAGUAUUCAAGUAUUGCUAGCUUCUGCUGAUGUUUACUGUUGACUAAAUUACCGACUAUAUAUCCAAUCAAGUCAAUUUUGUUGAAA